AUGUCGUCGUCGGAGCUCAACCAGAAUUGCGCCAUUGGCGAUCGCUGUGCUGGAUUCGGUAUCCUUCCCAGCCGAGGCUCUGUGGAAACGAUCCUUGGACCGUGGCUCGGCGCCCACCCCGGAACACUGCCAGAUCUCACCCAUCUCUCCGGACAAACUAUGAAUCUCCCGGAGCUCAACCCACGGUCAUUUGCCGAAAACCCAAUCCAGCCCUGCUCGCUUCAAGAGCUCCCGCUCUCGAAAUUCCACUUUCAGUACUCCUUCAACUCUUCCUCAUGCACGUAUCUGCCUACGCCUGCCUCCCAAGGCGUUGUUAGCGCUCCUGUCGAAGCCAGUCUUGCUGUCGCCGACCCGAGUGCACCCCAGGACCCUCUGGUCCCCCGAAAAGCCGAGUUUGUCGAGAGCCUUGUAGAUACUGCGGCCGCCAUUAUCGAGUCCAUCUGGCCCAACCACUCGUUCUCACCCAAGGCGAAGCUCCUUCCUCUGCGAAAAUUCAUCCAGGAAAUCCUGCGUCGGUCGCGCACAUCCUUCACCACCCUUCAGCUGGCACUGUUGUACAUUGUCCGGAUCCGUGCCGCCGUCGCCUCGAGUCAUGAGCGCUCGAUGCAGCAGCCCGACUCGACCCCCAAGCCCUGCCACUGCGGCCGACGCAUGUUCCUUGCCUCGCUGAUUGUGUCGGCAAAGUACCUGCAGGACCGCAACUACUCCAACAAGGCCUGGUCCAAGAUCUCGGGGCUCGCCACCACCGACAUCAAUCUCAGCGAAAUGGAGUUCCUCAAGGCCAUCAAAUACCGGCUCUUUGUCGACCACAAGACCUUUACCGCCUGGUCGUCACUGCUCCUCUGCAAGGUCUCGGAGAUCCUCCAGGCCCAGCACGCCAUGCGGCAAAAACAGCUCCUUGCCAAUGCCUUGGAAAAGCCGCUCGAACCCACCGUGCUCGUGUCCUUUGUCCAGACCGAGCCUGGAUUUGCCUGUCCCAAGUCUUCCCACGAAGAAACCCCCUCGACUUGCUCUAUCGAGUCGCCCGCCUCGCUGUCGCUGCCCGGACUGACUUCGUCUCUCCCUCCCAGCCCAGCGUCGCCAGACCCGCUGAGCCUCGCAUUCGACCUGCCCCGCUCGGGCAUCUCGAUGCUUUCAACCAACCCGCUUCGAGAGCCCAGCUUGUUGCACUCCCCGGAGGAUCCCAGCAAGCGCAAGCGGGACUACUGUCACGCAAGCCGGCUGGACCUGUCGCCAGAACAAGACCAGACGUCCAUCGAACCCAUGGGCGGCCACAAACGAAUUCGCGUCCAUCUCUAG